UGAGUACUAGCUAGCAAUACUUUUCAGUACACCAACACAAUCAACUUCAAUGGCCACUUUUCACUUCUUCACAACCCAACAACUACCUUCACUUCUACUCAUAACUGCCAAACAUUCAUGGAGGCAAUCACUCCAUUGCACCACCUCAAUCCACCACUCCUUCAAAAUCCCCUCACCACCGCCAACAACAAAACCAACAAGCGAGCCAGAACCCAUUCCACCAUAUCCACCACUCCUUCUCUUCCAUCGUCUUCUUCUUCAAGUUUCCAUUGUUUAAAUGGCUAUCUCGAGCUCAAUUCCUUGAAUUCUGUCAAAAUAAUGCAUGCCCAGAUGACAAAAAUGGUCAAAGACAAGAAUUCAGACACCAUUUUUCAAUCUUUGAUCACAUCUUACUUGAAUUUUGGUGAUUUUCGUUCGGCUGCGACGGUUUUCUUUGUGGGUUUUUCACAAAAUUAUCUUCAUUGGAAUGUUUUUGUAGAGGAAUUCAAGAGUUUUGGGGGCUAUCCGUUUGAAAUUCUUGAGGUUUUUGUUGAGAUGCAUAACAAAAGAGUGAGUUUUGACUGUAGAAUUCUCACUGUCGUUUUGAAAAUUUGUGCAAAUUUAAUGGAUAUAUGGUUGGGUAUGGAAGUUCAUGGAUGUUUGAUUAAGAAAGGUUUUGAAAUGGAUGUCUAUUCAAAGUGUGCAUUGAUGAAUUUCUAUGGGAGGUGUUGGGGCAUAGAUUAUGCAGAUCAGAUGUUUGAUGAAAUGCCUGAUCAAGAAGUUCUACUGUGGAAUGAGGCAGUUUUAGUGAAUUUGAGGAGUGAGAGAUGGGUAGAGGCUCUACAAUUAUUCCGAGACAUGCAAUUUUCAUUUGUGAAAGCUAAUAGCUUUACGGUUGCUAAAGUUUUGCAAGCCUGUGGCAAAUUGGAUGCUAUUGUUGAAGGAAAGCAGAUUCAUGGGUAUGUCAUUCGAUUUGCAUUGGAAUCAAAUGUAUUCAUGUGUAACUCACUGAUUAGCAUGUACUCGAGAAACAAUAAUCUUGAACUUGCUAGGGCAGUUUUUGAUUCAAUGGAAAACCGUAACUUAUCUUCAUGGAACAUGAUCAUCUCUUGUUAUACUACACUUGGUAAUCUAAAUGAUGCAUGGAAGCUAUUUCAUGACAUGGAGAGUUGGGCUAUGAAACCGGACAUUGUAACCUGGAAUUCCCUUUUGUCAGGCCAUUUCCUUCGUGGGUUAUACCUAGAAGUCUUGAUUCUUUUGCAGAGAAUGCAAGUGGCUGGUUUCAAACCUAACUCCAGCUCUAUCACCAGUGUUCUUCAAGCAAUUAGUGAAUUGAGUUUCGUGAAUCUUGGGAAGGAAAUACAUAGCUAUGUGAUAAGAAAUGGGCUUGAUUAUGAUGUAUAUGUUGGAACUUCACUGCUAGACAUGUAUGUGAAGAAUAAUAAUCUAACCUAUGCGCAAGCUGUAUUCAAUGGUAUGAAGAAUAGAAACCUUUUCGCUUGGAAUUCGUUAAUUUCAGGAUAUUCCUUCAAGGGCCAAUUUGAAGAUGCCGUAAAAUUGUUGAACCAGAUGGAAAAUGAAGGAAUUAAACCAGAUUUAGUGACAUAUAAUGGUUUGGUUUCUGGGUAUUCGAUGUGGGGUCGCAAUAAGGAAGCUCUAACCAUGAUUCAUCGGAUUAAAGUUUCAGGAUUGAUUCCUAAUGUUGUCACAUGGACCGCUCUAAUAUCGGGUUGUGCACAGAAAGGAAACUAUAAGGAUGCACUAGAGUUUUCAAUCCAAAUGCAACAAGAAGGUAUCAAACCUAACUCGGCCACCAUAUCUAGCUUGCUUCGAGCCUGUGCAGGUCUGUCUUCGCUAUGGAAUGGGAAAGAAAUACACUGCAUGGGAAUUAGAAAUAGCUUCACGGAAGAUGUAUUUGUAACUACAGCUCUUAUCGACAUGUACAGUAAGUGUGGCAGUCUAAAUACUGCCCAGAAGGUUUUUCGAACCAUUCAACGCAAAACUUUGGCUUCUUGGAAUUGCAUGAUCAUGGGUUUUGCCAUUUACAGCCGAGGAAAAGAGGCGAUUUCAAUUUUUGAUGAAAUGCGUGCAGCAGGUAUUCAGCCUGAUGCGAUUACCUUCACUGCUCUCCUCUCUGGUUGCAAGCAUUCAGGUCUAAUCAAUGAAGGAUGGAAGUAUUUCGACAUCAUGAAGGCAGAUUACAAUAUAAUCCCCACAAUUGAGCAUUACUCGUGCAUGGUUGAUCUUCUUGGAAGGGCAGGGUAUCUUGAUGAAGCUUGGGAUUUCAUUGAAAAGAUGCCAAUGGUGCCAGAUGCUACGGUUUGGGGUGCUCUUCUUGGUUCAUGUCGGAUCCGUGAAAAUUUAGAGCUUGCAGAGAUAGCAGCAAAGAGACUUUUCAAAUUAGAACCACACAAUCCUGCUAAUUAUGUUCUGAUGAUGAACUUGUACGCGACUUUGAACAGAUGGGAAGAUGUGGACUGUGUAAGAGAGUUGAUGAUGGAUGUUACAGCAGGGGCAAAAAUUGGGCAUGUAUGGAGCUGGAUACAAAUCAAUCAGAUGGUUCACGUGUUCUCUACCAGAGGAAAAGCUCACCCGGAUGAAGGAGAGAUAUACUUCGAGUUAUAUCAACUGAUUUCCCAAAUGAAAAGAUUGGGAUACGUGCCUGACAUCAAAUGUGUGUACCAGAACAUUGAUCGCAUGGAAAAGGAGAAGGUGUUGCUUAGCCAUACUGAGAAAUUGGCCAUUACGUAUGGACUAAUCAAGACGAGAAAGCGAGCGCCUAUUCGGGUGAUUAAGAACACGAGAGUUUGUUCUGACUGUCAUACUGUAGCGAAAUAUAUUUCUUUGAUAAGAUGCCGUGAAAUUUUCUUCAGAGAUGGUGCCCGGUUUCACCAUUUCAGAGAAGGGAAGUGUUCCUGCAAUGACUUCUGGUAAUAGGAAGGUGUUUUGGGCAGUUUUUUUUCAAAGCAUUGUGUAUAGUGUUGUUUUGCUGCAUAGGAAGGAUUGAUAACCCCACAAAAGAGGUGAUUGUUGUAAAGCUUACAGUAUUUUUAGAUACUUAUUUGACUUUUUGACUAUUUUAACCUAACUAAAAAAGUUUUGUUUAGAAUAAUAGUUAUUAUUUUUUUAGUU